CUCGGAUCGGCCAUCCGGUGGCCGGAGACGGUCCACCGGCGGCCGUCGGUACGAAAUCCCUCCCCCCAAAUCGGUACAUAUAGCACAUCAUCGUUCGUUCGUCCAAAAACAAACCAGAGUCCAGAUCGGAAGCAGCUGUACAUCGACCAAGGAGAAGAAACCGAUCGUCGCAUCCUCACUCCUCUCGUCUCGCCGACUGGCCGGUUUGUCCUCUCUCUCUCUCUCUCUCUCUCUCUCUCUCUCAGUUGUGGUGCGGUGGCUGCGAGGGGAGUGGCGCAGGGGUAAGAUCGGAAGAAGCUCUCUUUCUCGCGGAAUCACGAAAUGGGGUUUUAAGGGAUUCCUGAUUCUCACCCUCCCCCUCCUUCUCUAACCGUUUCUCACCAUUUUGAGAGAGUCCCCUCUCCCUCAGUUUCUUUUAUUUUCUCCUGAAAUCAUUCAGUCCAAAGCAGAGGUAAUUCCUGAAUUCUCAUGGGGAAGAACGAAUUCCUAACUCCGAAAGCUAUCGCUAACCGGAUCAAGGCCAAAGGUCUCCAAAAGCUCCGCUGGUACUGCCAGAUGUGCCAGAAACAAUGUCGCGACGAGAAUGGCUUCAAGUGCCACUGCAUGAGCGAGGGCCACCAGCGCCAGAUGGAGGUCUUCGGCCAAAAUCCUAACCGGAUUGUCGACGGCUACUCCGAGGAGUUCGAGACCUCCUUCCUUGACCACAUGAAGCGCAGCCACCGCUUCAGCCGCAUCGCCGCCACCGUGGUCUACAACGAGUACAUCGCCGACCGCCACCACGUCCACAUGAAUUCCACCCAGUGGGCGACCCUGACCGAGUUUGUUAAGUACUUGGGGCGUGAGGGCAAGUGUAAGGUGGAGGAGACCCCCAAAGGGUGGUUUAUUACGUACAUUGAUAGGGAUUCGGAGACUCUUUUUAAGGAAAAGAUGAAGAAUAAGCGAGCUAGGUCAGAUUUAGUUGAUGAGGAGAAGCAGGAGAGGGAAAUUAGGAAGCAAAUUGAAAGGGCGGAACAGAUGGUUCCGAAUGGGGCAGCAGCGGCUCAGCCUUUGGAGGCUGAGCUUAAGCCGUUGGAGAAAUCGGAGAAUAGUGAGAAGAUUGUGAUUAGCUUGGGCUCAUCGUGUAAACCCGUUGUCAAAGAGAAAGUUGGGAGUUCUAAGUUGGUUUUUGAAGAACCUGAGAUUGAGAAAGUUAAAGAGAAUGGAAAGUCGGUGAAAAGUGGGGGUGGGAGUAGGUCGGCAUUGGAUGAUUUGAUGAAAGAGCAAGAGAAGGCGAAGGAGCGGAGCAAUAGGAAGGAUUACUGGUUGUGUGAGGGUAUCAUUGUGAAGGUCAUGAGCAAGAAGUUAGCCGAGAAGGGGUAUUAUAAGCAAAAGGGCAUUGUUCUGAAGGUGAUGGAUAAGUAUGUUGGGGAGAUUGAGAUGCUUGAGAGUAAGCAUGUUCUUCGGGUUGAUCAGGAAGAGCUUGAAACAGUGAUUCCACAAAUUGGGGGGCUUGUUAAGAUAGUUAAUGGGGGUUACCGUGGAUCAAAGGCGCGUUUGCUAGAAGUGAAUACAGACAAGUUUUGUGCCAAGGUCCAGAUUGAGAAAGGAAUAUACGAUGGGAGGGUGCUUCAGGCUGUUGAAUAUGAAGAUAUUUGCAAAGUUGGUCAGUGAGAUCUCUUAUAUAGUAGAUUGUGGAAUUUUGUGUCCUUCUCUGUGAUAAGCCCGGGCUAAUUUUAGAGGAAGUACUGUUAUGUUCCAUUGCAAACACUUGUGUCUGGCUUUGUAUCUUUCAACAAAGUUACCAAGUUAUUGUGUUUUUCUUGUCACGGAGGGCUUGAUGAUUUUGAAAUUGCAAGAACCUGAGAUCACAUGUUUAACCUCCCCACUACAUUUUAAAUUAUAUGCCUCAUUCUACUA